CUCCGUACUGAGCCACAAGCAGACAACUGCCGCUCAGCUUGAAUUGCUGACUUCUCCAUUCUUACGAUGUUUUCCAAAGCGUCAACAUCGUCUUGGAAGAAUGAGGCCUCGACAUUAGAGUUGUCCAAUCAAUAUACCGAGAGUAGUAGACAAGCCGAAAAGUCUACUUUUCGGUCUGCGAACAGCCUUGCCCAACCUAGCCCAGUCGUGAAUAGCGAAUGGUCCGACUUCAAUUCCAACCUUCAAGGCAGCGUCCCAUUCACACCUGAACUGUCACAGUAUAGCAUAAGGGAAACCCUUUUCAAUGAAUUAACGAACCCUGAUGACUCAAUCCAAAUACAUGAGCUACUUCAGUCCCGAGAAUAUACUGAUGCCGUCUACUCCCCCAGUCCAUCACAGCCGUAUAUUCCAAAUGCACCUAUCCCUUCCCAGCAAUCCAACCUCUACCUUGCCAAUUUAAUAGAAGCAGAGGAUAUUGAAAAGUACCUGUCGCAAACAACAUAUACAGACGACGUAUACUCUCUCCCCGUAUUCUUUCAGCAGCUGAUUCGGGAAGCGAAGGAAGAGAUUGCUGAGAAUAAAUCAAAUUCCGAUGAGACUGAGCAUGUGCAAACAGCUCUCAGCAGGCUGCGAAUGGUUCGAGAUCAUAUAUUAUCGCGAAAUGAUGGGGAUGUCAGGAAAGCCUCCACAUUGCAAAAUUUGAAUGUCGAUGACCUGGAGAGUUUCUGGAAUUAUCGGUAGAUUAUGCCAGAAUCUUCCUCCAUGCUUAUAGCAUAGAUAUCUGUACAUGAGCGUACAGUUAGGCUCCUUUGCGACAUAUCUACUGUUCGUUUUUUGUAUCCGUAGCUUAAUUAUUGUUUCUGUUGUACAAAGCUGAUUUGCUAAUAAAUGUAUAUUCAUCUGGCA